AUGUCUUUGCAAGCAAUCAUUUACAACCUGGAUGGAUUAUUUGUCUUGGAUCAACUUUUGCUUCCCCAUCAGCACAAAUAUGUUCCAGUAAAAACGAUUGAGGACUCAUUUUCUGUCAUUAAAAAGAUGCAAGUUCGUGGUGCACCUGCAAUCGGCAUUGUCGCAGCAUUAAGUGUCGCUGUCGGUUUGAGGAAUUUGGGAGAAGGUGAAGAUGCAAAGCAUUUUGUUAUUGACAGCUUAGAACAUCUUAAGGAAUCCCGACCUACUGCAGUCAAUCUUUUCGAGGCUGCUCAUCAAUUGCAAAAUGUCGCUCGCUCUGUCCACCCCUCUCAAGUAAAAGAAAAGGUUAUUCAAGAAGCUGAAGCUAUUCUCGAUAAGGACUUGAGAGAUAACCAUGCAAUUGGUGCUGCCGGCCGCCAGUUUCUUCUAGAUCAUUACAAAGGGACCAAGUCCAAGCUUACCGUCCUCACUCACUGCAACACUGGAUCAUUAGCUACUUCUGGGUAUGGUACCGCCUUGGGUGUCAUCCGGGCAUUGCACGAAAAUGGCAAUUUGGAACAUGCAUUUUGUACUGAAACACGUCCCUACAACCAAGGUUCUCGUCUUACAGCUUUUGAACUUGUACAUGAUCGUAUUCCAGCUACCUUAGUUACAGACUCCACUGCUGCUUCUAUUAUGAACAAAAUUGAUGCGAUUGUUGUGGGUGCUGAUCGUGUCACUAGAAAUGGUGACACUGCAAACAAAAUUGGUACUUUGAACUUGGCAGUCUUGGCCAAUUACUUCAAUAUUCCUUUUAUUGUUGCCGCCCCCUUUUCCUCUAUAGACUUAAACCUUGCAUCUGGUUCUCAGAUUACCAUCGAACAGCGUCCGUCUAUUGAAAUGAUAACAGUUCGUGGUCCUGUGGUGAAAAACAGUAAUGCCACAGAAUUUGGAAAAGAUGAACGAAUUCAUAUUGCAGCUCCCGGGAUCAAUACUUACUGCCCUGCAUUUGACGUGACUCCGGCUAAACUAAUCGCUGCCGUUGCUACGGAGAAAGGCUACUAUACUGCUACAAAAGAAAAGUUUUCAUUUACAGAUUCUCCUGAAUUAGCAUGA